AUGGGCCGACGUGGCCGGCACGAGGCUGCGCGUCGGCCAGGCAAAGGCCGACGCCCCGGAGCUGCGCCUGUCGAUGUGCAUCGCGUACGUGAUGUGCCAUUUCAACGCAGUGGACGUAUCGCCUGUGCGAAGCAGUCGAACGCCGACUUGCUGCAACUGGAUAGGACGGCGCAGACAGAGGAGGACACGGCCAGCUUGGGCGCGGAGCUCGAAGCGAGUCGUGCUGCGCGUGAGCGUCUCUCGAGCCUCACUGACAAGGACAAUAGCCUGAAAGCCUACAUGAAGGAGCUGCGCAAGGUGCUGGAGCAUGCGGAUGUGCUUCUCGAGGUGCUGGAUGUGCGUGACCCACUUGGCUGCCGUGCGUACGCUAUCGAGGAGGAGGCUAUGCGGCUUGGCAAGCGCAUCGUACUGAUCCUCAACAAGAUCGACCUAGUGCCGCGCUCCAAUGCUCUUGCGUGGCUGCAGUACCUUCGCCAUGAAUUCCCGACUUUGCCUUUCAAGGCAUCCACACAGCAGCAGCGGCACAAUCUCUCGCAGGGGACGUCGAUGACGUGGAAGAGCCGUGCUGGCUCAGAUGCCGAAUGGGCUGGUGGUGCCGAGUCGGUCGGCACACGGGAAAUUUUGCAGCUCAUCAAGAAUUACUCACGGAAUCUGAACCUCAAGUCAAGUAUCACUGUCGGCACGAUAGGCGCACCCAAUGUCGGCAAAAGCAGCCUGAUCAACUCACUCAAACGCUCUCGUGUCUGCAGCGUUGCCUCUACACCGGGUCAUACGAAAGUGAUGCAGGGCAUCAUGCUAGACCGGCACGUCCGGCUGCUGGACAGUCCCGGCAUUGUGUUUUCUGAUGCGAAUGCGCCGCCCGGCGCCACGGCCGAGGAAAUCGCCGCCGCCGCGGAGGCAGCUAUGCUCCGCAAUGUGCUCAAAGUCGAGCUUGUCGACGAUCCUAUGGAGCCGGUCCAGGCGAUUCUGCACCGCAUCGAGCCCCACUACCUGGCCGACGUGUACGAUAUACCGCCGAUCACGUCGCGCGAUGCUCAAGACUUUCUGCUCCGUGUGGCCUAUCAGAAAGGCCGCCUAGCCCGUGGCGGUCUGCCUGAUUUGGAUGCCACGGCACGCUCUGUGCUGCACGACUGGAAUACGGGCAAGAUCAAGUACCAUACCGAGCCGCCAGCCCGGCACCCGGACCUGACGCGUCGCCCUCAGGCACCCGCAGCACCUUUGCCAGCCUCAGAAGGCGAGGCCGCCGUGCGUACAUCAUUUAGCGAGGCCUUUGACUUGGAAGGCCUGCUGGGCGAGGCAGACGCCAAAGUAUUCGGUGGUGAUGGACGCUAUUCGCCACCACCUGCUCAGCCCGAGGAAGAGCCCACGAUACCUGACACGACCGACUCCACCUUGGGCAAACGCGCCCACGAUGGGCUGGACAGUGCGUCCGAGGACGAAGAUGACGAGACCUUUUCGCACUAUAGGCCGACGCCAUGGUCGCUUUUGCCCCACGACGAGGAUGAGGCGGAAGAGCCUGCACCUCGAGCUGCGCCCAAGAAGCCUGAGCGGCCGCAGUUUGCGCCUGAAGAGUCGGUGAACAUGGCUCCAUCGCGGGGCAAAGAGCGCCGCAAGGCACGCAAGCAAAAGAAGCGACGCCAAGGACUGGUUCAGCAGAUGGAUGCCAUGAUGGAUCUCGAUGAGGCUGCACACGAUGACGGGGGCCACGAAUCUGCCGAGGAGCUAUAG